UCCCCCUGCAUCAAGCUAGCACUCCCAGAUACAACUGAAAUACUUUACAAAGUUUACUAAACUCUAUCUCCCUCACUGAACAAAAUACAUUCUUAGAUAUCACCGCAUGGUUUAAGUGACCUAGAUCGAAACAUGACACAAAAUGCUAUAUUUAAUCACACGUCAUAUCACCAAAAACUCGUACCCCUUUAUCUCUCUCGGAAAUCCAUGAUCUAUUGAUAGAAUCGCGUCAUAAUGUAGAAUGGCAUGGCUCCAGGAGUUUGAUUGCCACGACUGACUGAUUAUACAUGUAAAUAUCUGAGCUGCAUUUGGACGUGUUACGUAUCUGCCAGCUACACAAAUGGGGGACAUUCAGAAUUGAAGCAACGUCUCAUAAUUGACGUCUCAGAACAAGGCUUACGUUGAAGAAAGCAAUAAUUCUGUUUCAGGUAUGUCUUUGAGAAUCCCUGACAUUGGUACGAUGUUUAAGGAUUGGGGCUGGACGACAUAUCUGAAGACACCCACAGUAAAUAUACUCUCAAGAAAACUGAAGUUUCAAGAAGCUGAUAUCCAGUUGAAAUGGGAUAGAGUGAAGAUCACCUCCCUAACGCCAAAGUACAAGAAAGUUGAGGCGAGUUCACCUAAUGUCCAUGUCUUGUAUGACUCCAAAUACCAAAACAAUACAAACGAAGACCAAGAACAGACUUUCAGAACUGAGAAGGAGACGAUUUCCACAGCCACCACCAAGCUUUCCGAAGGUUUCUCCAGGGAUAUCAACGUUGGUAUCGAACUAACACUUCCUCCAGAUCUUCCCCAACCUUCCAAAGCGGAGGCCAGCUUUGGACAUCGACUGUAUGUGGAUAACGAGGAAGAGAACACUAUUGAAAAUAAGGUGAAGUGGUCUGUGGACACAAAGAUCACCUCAAGACGUAACCUGGUGACGGUAGCUGAACUGGCAAUAGAGGAGACAAGUUCCAAGUAUGAAUUCUCGAUGGACGUGAAACUUAAAGGCACAAUCCUUGUUGUCAUACGGGAUUCCCGUGGGGAGGGAAGACAUGUCAUGACUGUGCAGGGGGAUGUGGCUACCGUUUUGAGGGACAUGAAAGACAAAGACAGAUUCGGUAAACUUUUCAAUGCACAUAUCAACAACUCUCGUACCGUCACCUGGCCUGUGUCCGGAUCUCUUCACCUUAAAUACGGUGUGUCACAGACGGUCAAGAUCUUUCAAAGAACGUACCUGUGAAAGAAGCGUGAGGGUUAAUUAUGGUAUAGAUUAUCGGCAAGGGUAUGUGGACAAUAUAUUCGGGUUUGAGUCCUCAUGUGGGAGUUAUUCAGGAAGCCUAUUCUUUGUGCCGCCCAUUGAGAAUGCUGAUUAAUGCAUCGUACAUCUCCAUGCUCUAGUACCAAUAUCAAGGUUCGGCUGUCACAGUCAGUAGAUACAGACAUUAUCAAUCAAUCAAUAAGACCUUAGGCCCGCGUGGAGACAUUAUGAAUAUAUCGUGCCUUAUCCCAGACAUUUUCUGCCAAUUUAAUCCUAGAGCAUCACAUCGUCAGUACUUCACGCGAUUGUACAUAUCACCUGUUUUGAAGUAUUGUAUAUUUAUCCAGCCAAUCAGACCACGAUUUAGUUCCAGCGAGAGGGAAAACAUCACCAUCACACAAACAGUCACCCAUGAAUGUAAAAAGACCCAUCUUCCAAUACAGAACAGAGCUUUGUGUUCUGAAACAUUCGGAAACGUUCCAUUGAUUGUGAACAGUGUUUCGGUGUAGAUUGUCAGCGUGUUUUCAUAAAGCAAAUGAAAAUGGUGCUCGAAUUUACAUUGAUUAUAUUCGUGAUUAUAUUAUUAGUGAAUUAGUGCCUAUGCUUAUAGUGGUUGCUGUUCAACAGUUUCGUUAUAAUGAGUGAGUAGGUGAGUGUGUAUGGUUUUACGCCACAUUUAGCAAUAUUGCAGCAAUAUCGAAGCGGGAUAGAAAAAGGGUUUCACACAUUGUACCCAUGUCGGGAAUCGAACCCGGGUCUUCGGCGUGACGAGCGAACGCUUUAACCACUAGGCUACCCGCCCGCCCCUCGUUAUAAUGAAAAAGUCAAUACUGAUUGAUUUAAGUGCAAUAAAUGUACACCAUAAUACAACUGAAGAUACCAUUCCCUUUCAAUUUGUACAUUAUACACGGAAAACAGAACUUUGGCUUUCAUCCCUAGUUAUUAUUAAAUGUAUCCAUCACGAACGAAAAUCAAUCAACUAUUAGUCUAAUAAUGUG